AAGCAUAAAAAUUUGCAAUCUAAUCAUAACACACAUACACAACUCUUAAGCAACUGUUUAUAUUUAAAAUGAGCAGACUGAAAUAAUAUCACCCAAAAUUUUUAUCUAAUUUAAAUUUUUGUGGAAAUGUAAAUUAUCAAGUAUAAAAAUGCCAUCAAAAUCAGGCACACAACCAGAUACACAAACACAAACUAAACCACAUAAAAAAAUAGGGAGUCUUAUAUGCGGUUUUAGAAGUCCGGGUCCAAAAUAUCCACUAAAAACUCUCGUGGGUUAUCAAGAGCAUUGCCUUUCGAGGUACCGAAAUCCAGCAUAUACAUUUGGCAACAAAUAUCCUAGUUUACGAUUAUGUGAAGGACCAGGACCGAAAUAUUUAUUAGACAAGCCCAUACGCGGUGGUUUUUCAUUUGGAUUAGUUGGAAAGACUUUCGAUACUUCUUGUACGCCUGGCCCAAAAUAUCUAUUACCAUCUCCAAAAGGUCCAUCUUUUACACUAAAAUCCAGAACUAAACAGAGAAAAUGUUCUUUUUCACCAGGUCCUUAUAGUGUAAAAUUUCCUAUACCAGGUCCAGCUUUUUUUAUAGGAGAACGUUUAGCUGCUUUAAGACGUGAUCCUACACCAGGUCCCAAACUUUACAAUGAUGCAUUAGUUGCCCAAAGAUCUCCAAUGUAUAGCGUAACUUUCAGAAGAGACGAAAAAAUAAUUUGUCGUUCUCCGGGUCCGAAAUACAAUCCGAAACCUCCUAAACUACAGCCCAUGUUUUCUUUUGGAAUCAAACACAGCGAGUGUUCUCCUCCUUAUAUCGUUGAAUGCGAUGAUCAAUGUUAAAAUUUUGGCAACUGUAAAUAAAAAGUGUAAACAUUUACGUAUAAAAUAUAAAAAUAGAAUCUAUGAAUUUCUUAUUUCAAAUCGGCUCUAAAAAGCAAUAAUAAAAUAUCAUAUAUACAC